CUGAUACAAGAGCAUUGCGGUCGUAUGGAGCGUGUUUGAAGUGAACAGCAGAGACGAAAGGAACAAGGCAAAGUGUUGUGAAAUAAAAUAUUACCUGUAAUACGCAUUUUGUUAUUUGCUGAUUGAAACUGCUAAUUAAACUGUGAAUUGAAACUAAUAGGAAGAAAACAUAUCUUGCUCUUAAUAUAGCUGACGUGUCUUGCGCAUACGUUCUGCGCAUCUGUAAUGGCGGCCUCCGUAUGACGUCCGGUCCGCGAUGGAGAUUAAAAACAAACAAUAUUUGACAAUAACACACCAUCAAGGAUUGCACCAUCGCAUCAAACGAUGUGUCGUCAAUUAUGGAUUUUUUUGACUAAGUGUGUUGGGCAGGAUGGCUGAAUGCGAUGCGCGAUUGACAACAAACAAGAAGAAAGGGGUCAAAGGUGAAGCAGCACCAUUCUGUGUCAAAGUGACCAGCAUGAAUCCUUGCGUGAACUCAACUGAUCCGGAAUUAACACCAAACCCGCCGCCGUACCCGACCCCGGCGGUCCCGGCAGUCGACGCCCGUUCGCCCACCUCUCCUCAGCUCCGCUCUGUUUCCGACCUCGGCCCGCCGACCUCGCCGGCUUUGCUUCCCCCGCCGUCAUGCCAGGUGUGCGUGGCUGUCCCGUCGCCCGGCCUGCGCCCUUCCCCGCCGCCUUCGUCGGCUCCCCCCGAGGACCAAGCCCCGGAUUUGGAGUGUUGGGUGUGCUACAGCAACUUCAACAACGUCUUCCGCUGCCCCAAGAUGCUGCAGUGCAAGCACACCUUCUGCCUGGAGUGCUUGGCCCGCAUCAACGUCAACUCGGCGCAGCCCGCCGCCAUCCGCUGCCCGCUUUGCCGGCACGUGACGCCGCUGCCCGCCCUCGGCCCGCCCCAGCUGGCCACCGACGCCGACGUGCUAGCGUCCCUGCCGCCCGCCAUGCAGCGCGUCUACAGCGUUCGCUUCCAGCGCAGCAAGGGCAAGCUGCAGAUCAAGAGGUUAUCGGAAGGUCAGGGGCGUUCCACCAUAAGGUCGUUGGAUGUGCGUACCUUCCAAAACGGCAGAUCAGGCGGCGUGGGCGAGGCCUUGUUCAGACUGACGGAUUCGGAUUUCCUCCUAUUUGUGGUGCUCAUCAUGACCUUCGGGGUCAUAGGCCUCGUCGUCUCCCUGCUCACAUCGCUGUAUUAACGACAACGGAGGUGCUUGGCAACUUGUCUCCAUGACACCCGGGGUGCCGUCCGAGAUGCUCAACUGUCUCUGUUAGAGAUGCACCGAUCCGACUUUUUCAGUUCCGAUACCGAUACCGAUGCCGUGACUUUGCGUAUCGGUCGAUACCCGAUACCGAUCCGAUAUUAUGGUUGACUUAACAAGCUACAUAACUCUACAUGUGGAACAGAAAAGACCAAAGGCAAUGGCAUCAGGCAGACUACACAGUUCUUUGCUCUAAAUUAGGGGUGUCCAAACUAACGGUCCAGUUUUUAUUGGCCCGCAUCAAAUUCUGAAAACAUAAUUGAAUAUGGCCCGCACAAGAAGCUUGAGCUCAGCUUCUCAGUUUCCACACUAGAUGGUGUAAUGUAUUUGGACUGUGUGGUUACCCGUACUGGGGGGUGGAGCUAGAGGUAUGGCGGGCGGAUGGCAUGUUGUAGCUAGGAGAGACUGCGGCUAAAAAGAAACCAACAUCAAUACAUGAUUGACUCACUGCUUCCCUAAAACCUGGUCGUCUUGUCAAGUUAUUUCUCAUGGUAUAGAGAAACAUUACAGAUGGAGCCCGCCACACAAAGCGUUUGACGUCCCAUUAACACCCCCCCGGAAGAGAAGCGAACACGCAGCGUUUGACAUCCGAUUAGCCGACCGCGCCCCCCCCCCCCCAUUCGGGAGAGAAGCGAACGCGCAGCCUUUGACGUCCCAUUAGCAACCCGAAGAGAAGCGAACGCGCAGGGUUUGACGUCCGCUUAGCAACCCGGGGAAGAGAAGCGAACGUUCGCUCCAUGUUUGCGUUUGUUUAGAAAACUCUCGUGGCAUGCGGCACACGUGCACACGACGUAUGACGUAGCCCGCGUCCCAAUAGAUUAAGGAAAGUAUCGGCUCACAGAUCGGCUGCAUUUUCCGAUACCCGAUCCAUCUAUUUUGUUGAUAUCGGGACCGAUAUCCGAUCCAGAUAUCGGAUCGGUGCAUCUCUAGUCUCUGUGGCAACCUGCAGGACGCUAAGCACACACUUGCUUUUUCCAUGGUGACCAAGAUGCUGCAGUCUCCAUGGUAACUAGGAUGCUGAGUGACUUCUUUCCAAGGUGACCAAGGAUGCUGUCACUACAAUCUCUGCUGAGACCUUCAUGGUGAUACAGCUGCUCAGUAACUGCCUCCAUGAUGACAAAGAUGUCUCCAUGUUGGUAGGAUACUGUGCAUUUUGUUUCCAUGGCAACCGUGAUGCUCGUACACAAUUUCCAUGAUUCUCUAGAUGCUGAGUCACUAACCAAAGUGUCCAGUAUGCUUCAUUGGGGUCUCUAUGGCAACCAGGAUGCUGCUCAAGAGGCCCCUGGAAAGGCUAGUGGUGAUGACGUCAUUAUCGGCAUACCGCAAGAUGACGGGGAGCCCGCGUGGAUGUUUAGAUUGCCCAUUGCCAAUGUGUCUGAAAAGAUUGCUUUUCUGUGUAAUGUCAUGUUUUAGACUUUUACGGUUCAAAAUAAUCUUAAAUAUUUAACAUUUUUAAUAAUGUGUCUCUUUGUUUAAAUGCGAAUAAAUGUCUUUUUUGAAUCAUU